AUGGGGCCUGCUACUAAGCAGGCCGGCGGGACGGCCCUGGAGUCGUACUACAAGGGCCGCAUCGAGGAACUCGAGAUCCAGGUCCGCGACAAGACGCAGAACCUCCGGCGGCUCGAGGCGUCGCGGAACGACCUCAAUGGCAAGGUCCGGGCUCUGCGGGAGGAGCUCAUGCUGCUCCAGGAGCCCGGGUCGUACGUGGGCGAGGUCGUGAAGAUCAUGGGGAAGAAGAAGGUCCUCGUGAAGGUGCACCCCGAGGGAAAGUACGUCGUCGACCUCGACAAGGACAUCGACAUCGGCUCCCUCAAGGCUGGCCUGCGGGUGGCACUGCGCAACGACUCCUACACGCUCCACUUCGUGCUCCCCACGAAGGUGGACCCUCUCGUGUCCCUGAUGAAGGUCGAGAAGGUCCCGGACUCCACGUACGACAUGAUUGGCGGCUUGGACCAGCAGAUCAAGGAGCUCAAGGAGGUCAUCGAGCUCCCCAUCAAGCACCCGGAGCUGUUCGAGGCGCUGGGCGUGGCGCAGCCAAAGGGCGUCAUCCUCUACGGCCCGCCCGGCACCGGCAAGACCCUCCUCGCGCGCGCCGUCGCGCACCACACCGACUGCACCUUCAUCCGCGUCUCCGGCUCCGAGCUCGUCCAAAAAUACAUCGGCGAGGGCUCCAGGAUGGUCCGCGAGCUCUUCGUGAUGGCCCGCGAGCACGCGCCGUCGAUCAUCUUCAUGGACGAAGUGGACUCGAUCGGGUCGUCGCGCACGGAGGGCGGCGGGGGCGGCGGCGGCGGCGACAGCGAGGUCCAGCGCACGAUGCUCGAGCUCCUGAACCAGCUCGACGGCUUCGAGGCCACGAACAAGAUCAAGGUCCUCAUGGCGACGAACCGGCUCGACAUCCUGGACCCCGCGCUGCUGCGGCCGGGGCGGAUCGACCGGAAGAUCGAGAUCCCGCACCCGACGGAGGCGUCGCGGCACUCGAUCCUGCAGAUCCACUCGCGGAAGAUGAAUUUGAUGCGCGGGAUCGACCUGAAGAAGGUGGCGGACAUGAUGGCGGGCGCGAGCGGGGCGGAGCUCAAGGGGUGCUGCACGGAGGCCGGGAUGUUCGCGCUGCGGGAGCGCCGCGUGCACGUGACGCAGGAGGACUUCGAGAUGGCCGUCGCCAAGGUCAUGAAGAAGGACUCGGACAAGAACAUGUCAGUCAGGAAACUGUGGAAGUGA